AGCAGUCGCGGAUUAUUCUCAUGCUGUACUUCGACCUGGUGAAAGGAGGCAGCUCUGAGAACCACGCAAAGGAGCAGGUCGCGAAGACCUUGAGGAUCGGUACGGACAAGGUCCUGGCGGUUCGCACACUCUGGUAUGACAAGCAGGAGUUGUACGAGACCAACGGGAAGGGGCGAGGCAAGGCCACCAGCGUCGACGACGGGCGACGUGUCAUUACCAAGGAGCAAGAGGAUGGACUGCGCGAGUUCAUCAAGGGCGAGCACGAGGCGGGACGUCAGGUCUUCCGCCGUACCGUCAAGGAUUACUUGGAGUGUUCGUGCGGAUUAGAGAUGUCGAAUCGUGCUAUGAGAAGGUUGCUGCAGCGCCUUGGCUUCAAGCGCCGUAGGGGUAGGAUCAAAAUACCCCCGUUGAACGAGGAGAGGAAUUAACCUCAUCCGCCUCUUCCUUAAGAU